AUGGCCACCAGUAGGUGCAUUCGUGAAGUAAAUGGAAUUGGGUUUGAGCUCCAUAAACUCUGCCGCGGGCAACGCAAAUGCAUCGUUGUGGUAGCCGACAAAAAGCGCCAAGCCAUUCACAUUCGCAAGGCCUCGUUCGAAGGUAUUCUUAUCAGGUUCGCUGCUGUCAACUUUCAAUCCAUCAAAAUCAAAACAUCCAACCACGUUAAGCAUGAGCAGAAAAGGAGUAUAGACAAGAAAGGUAUAUUGCUUCUAAAACAUAGAGUGCAGUUGUUUAAGAGAAAGGAUUUGGAUCUCGAUUUGGUUUUGUAUUUGGCAAAUAGAUUGAAGCGGUUUAAGAUGGAUCCCAUGUCUCUCAUCAACGAAUAA